AUGGGUUCCCGCUGUGCCAAGCUCAGCACGAGCCACAGCACGGGCCACGGCACGGGCCACAGCCGGGGCCACGAAUCCUCCAUGAAGAAGCUCGUGGCUUGCGUGAGUCAAGAUAACUUCUCCCUGUCUUCUGAGGGUGAGGAAGAGGAAGAGGAGGAGGAAGAGGAGGAGGAAGAGGCGAUCCCGGUGCAGGGCAAGCUGUUGCUGAUGGAGCCUGAGCGGCAGGAACAGGGCGCUACGGACAGCCCCAGGGCCCAGCAGACCACGUCCAAGCAGACGCGCUCCUGA